AUGAAGCAAUUCAAACGACAAAUCGAAAAAGAUGGUCCAGGGUAUGUUUUUAUAAAAUUGUUUUGAUGAAUAAAAGUUGUAAAAUUCAGGUUUGUCACUUUGAUGGCUGAAGAAGCUGAAGAUAUGUGGCAUAUUUACAAUUUAAUACGAGUUGGCGAUAUUGUGAAAGCUCCAACAAUUCGUAAAGUUGUCACAGAAACAUCAACAGGUACAACUUCUUCGCAAAGGGUUCAUACAAUGCUGACAAUCUCGAUUGAAUCAAUCGACUUCGAUCCCGGUGAACAAGAAUUACAUUUGAAAGGUCGAAAUAUUGUAGAGAAUGAUAUUGUGAAAAUGGGAGCAUAUCAUACAAUCGAUUUGGAACCCAACAGAAAAUUCACAAUCGAAAAAACUGAAUGGGAUUGUAUUGAUCUGGAACGUUUGAAUCUUGCAUUAGAUCCUGCUCAAUCUGCGGAUGUUGCUGCUGUUGUUUUACAUGAAGGAUUAGCUAAUGUCUGCCUUCUAACACCAGCAAUGACUUUAACAAGAGCAAAAAUUGAUAUGACAGUAAGAAUGUCUAAAUUUAACUAUUGAUAAAUUCUUAUGAUUUUUUAAAGAUCCCACGCAAACGAAAAGGAUUCACAUCUCAACACGAAAAAGGAUUAGAAAAGUUUUACGAAGCAGUGAGUGCUGCAUUUAUACGGCAUGUUGAUUUAAAUGUACGUUUUCAAAAUCUCUUACUGUCUUUUUUGCAAACAUUGUUUUCAGAUAAUAAAAUGUGUCAUAAUUGCUAGUCGUGGAUUUGUCAAGGAAAACUUUAUGAAUUAUCUUAUUACUUAUGCGGAUGCAAACGGGAAAAAGUUCACAACUGAUCAAAAAGCGAAAUUUCUUUUAGUUCAUUCGAGUAGUGGAUUCAAACAUGCAUUGAAAGAAGUUCUUGAAACUCCACAAGUUGCUGCAAGAUUGGCAGAUACGAAAGCGCAAGCUGAAGUGAAAGCUUUGAAUCAAUUUUUGGAAUUAAUGUCAACGGAACCUGAGAGAGCUUUUUAUGGUUACAAGUGAGUUAUUCAUAAUUUUAUUUUUUCUAAAAUGUAUUUUUUUCAGUCACGUUUCUCGAGCAAACAAUGAUUUGGCAAUUGAAACUCUUAUGAUCGCUGAUUCAUUAUUUCGUUCUCAGAAUAUCGAAACACGAAAAAAAUUUGUUAAAUUAGUCGAAAGUGUUCGAGAACAAGUUAGUUUUAGAAUACAUUUUUUCGAAAAAUCAAAGAUCAAUUUUUGCAGAAUGGAAAAGUUCACAUUUUUUCAUCGAUGCAUGUUUCUGGUGAACAACUGGCUCAAUUAACAGGAUGUGCAGCAAUUCUUCGAUUUCCAAUGCCUGAUUUAGACGAUGAGCCAAUGUCCGAUGAUGAAGAACAACAACAAAAUGAACAAGAGUAA